AUGGAAGCCCUCUCCUCGACCUCCACUACUAAUCAAUCUCUUUGGAUCUUCGGCUACGGCAGCCUCAUCUGGAAUCCCGGAUUCGCGUUUGCGACGAGCCGGAAGGCCUACGCCAUCGGCUGGGUUCGUCGAAUGUAUCAAGGAAACACGUAUCAUCGCGGUGACGAGAAAUUGGUGAGUUUAAGGCUGCCCAGUUCUUUUUCGUAUAGUUGUUGCUCGCGUGGCUCUCUCUCUCUUUUCGCUUUCUUCUUCCUCCCUCUUUUUCGAAGAAGAAGCAGUAGUAAGCACGCGGAAAACAUGUGACCCCCUUCCUCUCCGCGCGCCAGUCUGAAUGUAUAAUUUUGCAGCCGGGCCGCGUGGCGACACUCAUCGAAGAUUCCAAAUCGUGCACGAACGGAGUCGUGUUCCGAGUCGACGGAAAGUCGGCCAUCACCACGGCCGUCAAGUAUCUCGAGCAAAGAGAGGUGAGGCUAUUAUCCAUGAAUUGAAAACAGCUGACUCAUUGAGUACGUCAUGAACCAGAGGUUUUUUCACUUUCUUCUUCUGGGAUCAAAGUACGUGCCAACAACAACUAACUUUACAGAUCGACAACGGCUACUCCUUCCGAAUGGUGCCCGUCCAAAUCGACUCCGCCCACCGCCGUCCUACCGUAGUGAUGGCUCUGACUUGCGUCGCUGAUAAGCAGAAUGAUCUGUACCUCGGUCCGGAUGACCUCAUCAAAAUGGCACGCGAGAUUGCGACGGCAAAAGGAUGCGCCGGCCCGAAUUGCGAGUGAGUGGCACCCCGAAUCGACGGCUGAAACAUCAAUCACUUUUUUCCAGAUAUGUGCUCAAGCUCGCCGAGAACGUGCGAAAACUGUUUCCGAACGACGAGGACGAUCACCUUUUCCAGCUGGAGCGGCACGUCCGCAUUGCGAAAGUGCGCGCUUGA